UGGCGAAAGGAUAUAUUUGCAUGGUAACUUUAAUCUGGCAGCUUUUGUGAUACUAUGGAUGAAGAGGUGUCUGAGCAGUCAACUGACAUUUGAGGACUUUCUCUUUAAAAUCUGUGGGACUGACAGUGUUACAGAUACAGGCAAGGGAAAGGAGUGUUGAAUUACUACUGGCAGCAUGAUGGCAGAAAUUGUGUUCCUGAACAAAGUGUUCCUGAACAAAGAGUACCUCUGGCGUUUGAUGGUGAAUUUAGGCAUGCAGUCGAGGGAUAAAUUAUAGGAUUUUUUUCUCAUGGGCUGACGGUGGUUGGUUGUCUCAGGGUUUGUUGUCGAGCAGUUUCGUCUUGUCUCACUUUUGAAAGAGUGAAGGGAAUCUUCACAAUUUUGGCAGAUAUCUUGCAUUAAAUCUCAGGGCAAAGGAUAAUUUGUAAGGAGAUUUUCUUAAAAAAAACAAGUCAAUAGCUGGAAUUUUUGUUACAAGUGACUUACCAGUACUUGACAAAAACAAACUGAAUUUGAAAAACAGAGUUCCCUGGGAAACGGACCAAAAAUAAACAAAAACAAGAGCAUGAGGGCGGGAGGACACACCAUAUGGAAAAGCUCAAGAUUUCAGGGAUUUUGUAGUCAGUUGUCAUGAUGAGCGUCAUCAAGUUGCAAUAUUCACAUGCCCAAAGUGGGCGCAGUUAUGUGUGCGCAUGAAGUGGCAGUUCUACGGGAAAGAGUUGGUUCACAUGUCACAGGCGCGCGAUGAUUUGGGAGGACUUCUUGUUUGUGUUGGAACACGUGUUUCCAGCAACUUGAAGAAUGAUGACAGACGGGGAAUUUCACGUGGCAGUGUAGAUGUCCAUCCAUUACCUGAGUUUGGGCAGCAGACGCUACCUCCAGAGUUCCUGCAGACAACACAGGAUGCCAUAUCGAAUUACCACAGCAGCCGCAGCAGUCCAUCUCAGAGUGGGCGGUCAUCUCCCUUAACUGAGAGCCAGAGCUGGCUGUGUGGUUCUCAGGCAGAGUGGACAGGAGGCAAUACCACUGACCGCAGUAGCAUCUACUCUACCUACUCAUGGGGGGAUGAUGAAUUUGAGAGGCAGGCUUCCAAAACUGUGCGACAGUUGUUUGAAGAAAUAGAUUCUGUGCUAUUUGAACAAAGCCAGUCGGGGCCAUCUCAUAUAGUCAAUGAGUGCCAAGAAUGGGUGGAGACCUUUCCACAUCUCAGGAUAUUGGGCAGGCAGUUUUUCCCUACGCAAGACCAAGGAUUUGUUGCCAUUGCGUCAGAGACGCCUCGCCCUGCCACUGGCAGUGUACUGGUGGAUGUGACAGAGCAAGACCUGUCUGCUACUACAGAACAGAUGGGUCUUUCAAUAACUGGACGUCAAGUGACCCCCAGGAGUGUACCAUCGGACAGCUUGACCCAUAGGACCAACCCGGACUCUGCUGGGGAAUAUGCACAUUUGGAGGAGGAGGUUAUAGAGCAAGAUGGGGAAUAUGAAGAUAUUAUAGCAAUAGAUUAUAAACAUGAUGACGAUGAGGGUCAUGAGAGUCGAGUAUAUCACUCCCCGCGAAGACGGCGUCCAGGCUUCCCUCCAAUGACUCCAACUGCAUGUGCUAAGGAUACAAUAGCUGUUAGUUCAUAUGAAUAUAUAUGGUCAGAGCAGGUUGUGAAUAAUCUAAAGAAACUGCUGCGGUUAUACCAUGUGCAGUUACUUACAGAAAAAGAAGAGGAAGAUGAUAUGCCCAUGUUGCCUGACCUUCCCUCACACCUGGGAGCCAUCAUGAAUGACAAGGUGCCUCCAUCCAGGGAAAACAGCAUCAUCAAUGAUAAGCAACUGACAAAAUUUCCACAUAUGCAACUCGAGUAUGAGGAUUCAUUUGUCAAAGGUCAGCAAGGCAAUUUAGACUUUGGACUGGUCAUUUCAUCCUUCCCACUGUUAAGGCGGGAGAACUCAGGGUUUGGGUCUGAGGCAAUGGAGAGACCAGGGUCAAGUUUUAACUUCAACAAACAAAAUCGUCCUAUCAGCAACAUGUUCAUGGGAAACAACUCAUUCCUACGCAAUCCAUCCUCGGCCACAUUCCGUAGAAAACCCCAUCCGCAGAGGCUGGCCCCUCUGGAUGGGAGGGCGAAGACGCCUGGGGCUCAGGAGGGAGAGGAGAAGCUUGCUAUAGGGGGUAUCCAAGGCCAUCGGCUAAGUACAUUCAACGAAAGGCUGUCGUCACCGCCUCAGGGUGCCUCUCGUGCUUCAGCACAUCCACUGCCACCUAUAGGCUUUGAGAAUAUUGAUGGUGCAGCAUCACCACAGAAUGCAACAGCAGCAGCAGCAACCAAUGCACAUACCUCGGCAGCUAAUCCACAGCAACAGAAAAAUAACACUACCACGCAGAAGAAAGCGCAUUUUGCUAAUCGCGCCAGCAGUGCAGUGCAUGAUAACAACCUCAGGGCGGGGAAAGAUCGCCUUAAGUCUGCACACCACUUAGAAACAAGGCCAAGUACAACACAUACAUUUAGGGCUGACACCCCUCAUGGUCAGACCCCUAACCCAGCUGUGGCAGCUGCCCUGGCCAAUACUGUCCCCAGUAGAAGAUCCUCAACCCCCCUUGGCUACAGUGGAACUAGGGGAGGGCUACAUUUAGGUUCACCAGCAGGGAGGGAAAUGUUACUUGGUAUUACAGGGAGUGGAAUCAACCCAAGCUCUGAGGCAGCUCAUGCACAUAUAGACUAUAAUGAAGACAGCCUAGAAGACCAGGCAGUCCAUUCACAAUCAUGGGCACCCAGUCACACUUCUCCAGGCAAUCCAUACAGGAGAAAAACACAACUCAACUCUGUAAGGUGAUCUUAGCCAAACACUAUGGUCUGAUUUCAUAUGAACCACACGGAGCAGCUAACCUCAGGGUACACGCACAGGAGAUACAGGACACAUUAUUAUCAACUACAGCAGUAGUGACCACAAACACUGAAUGCUGUUAUCAAGGGCUGAUGGAGACUGUCUUCUGGGUCUUCUGGAAGACAGUUAGAAUUUUAAAGUUUACAUUGAUGGGCAUCUAAUUGUUUUUGUUAGAAGACGGUUAAAAAUGAGGAUGGAUUAACAAGGAAGAUAAUUCGGAAGAGUGCCAGAAAAUAUUUCUGGAUCCGUCCCUGGUUAUUGUGAUAUAUACUGAAAUAUGUGCAGCAAAGGAAGCAUGGUAGAUAGAUAUCUCACUGGCUUUUUUACGGAAAACAAUGUCUGUUGAGUUGAGAUCACUUAGAGGUCCAAAACUAAAAUGAAGUGAAGGGCAUAUUUCAGUCCUGUUAAACGAUACAGUUCCAUGGAAAUAAGAAAGCCUGGUUUGUUAGCUUGUGGGCAUUCUGUAUACCUACUCCAUAUGACUUUAUCCUGCCCUCUGAUUCUGCGUGCCAUACACAGGGUCGAUUGUCACAAAGUUCAGGGGCAUAUCAAGAAUGAUUGUGUCUAUUCACUCAUUGUGAGGAAGGGAAAUGCACCUACCGCAUUGGUUGCAGCGUUGUUGGGUUGUCCCUAGUUUAAUGGUCUCACUCAGGAUAUUUUCAGAUGGCAGCCAAGGUGAUCAUUAUGAAGGAUGUCUAUGGGAUGUAUUUAUAACAAACUAUUUCUGUGGCCAAAACUGCGGUGCUUUGAGACACUGUGAUGUAUUAGCAUUAAUGUCAUGUAUUUCCCUAGCCUUAGUUGCAGCACAAGUAGUGUUUGUGUAUGUUGAAAUGUUUAUAAGAGGGAACUGGAUGUUUGAAUAUUAUGCAAUUUAAAGAUAAAUGUCCUAAUAAUUAUAACAAUAUUUAUGGAUUUCAUGGUUAAGGUAACUCUUUAUCAUUUUUUUAAAAAAUAAUUUCAAUGUUAAAUUCUAAACUGUGUUUUUGGACUGUUUUGUGGAAAAUUAAUAUCUGUUUUAGAAAAGAGUUAAUAUCAGAUGAGGACUGGUUUUUUUUUUUUUUUUUUUUUUUUUU